GUCCUAAGAUUACAAUGAUAUGAUAAGUGCGAUUAAAAAGUCGUGUAUUUUGUUUAAUUUUUAUUUUUAUUUUUUUUUGGAAAAUUUGAUUCCUUUUGCGAACUUCGGUGUAUGUUUGUGCAUUUGAACAUUUGAACAUUUGAACAGGGCAACGAACUAUAUUUACGCUGUGUUUGAGACUCCAAGUCAAGAUGAUUCGAGAAAGAUUAUUGAUGUUUUUGAUUAACAUUUUCUGUCCACCCGUGACAGUCAUGGCUAUCGCAGGCGUGGGUGCCGACUGUCUCCUCAAUACUAUCCUUUUCCUCCUUGGCGUUAUUCCUGGCCAUAUCCACGGUUUCUACAUAACCUGCACGUAUUUCUCUCGAAAGAGUAAAGUUCGGAAAGGACAGUAUCCAGGCGGGCCGAAAAUGGGUAUUUAUAGUGAGAGAGUCUGGUACGGAGGUGCCAGUUCAAGACGUAUAGAUGAGUUGUGGGAGAAGAGAGAGAGCGAGAGAGUGGAAAAAUUGGAGAAGAAAGGGAGAGGAUACAUGGGGAAAAAGAGUCAAAAUGGGAGAAACGAUGAGAGAAGCGAGGUGCUGAGAAUGCAUAGCGAUGUGGGACCGGAAAUGAUGCACCCAAGCGCUCGCUAAGGGGGCGGUAGAGGAAUGGGGAGGAUCACGACGACGGCGUAGGACGAUGUGAGGAACAGCACUCAAAAAGGUUUGGUAUCGAGUUAUAUGCUCACUUAAGCACAUAAAAAGGAAAUUGAAUGCAGACAGGCCAUCUUGCCUGGACAGAUAGGAGAGGACCGAUAGAAGUUGAAAACACUUUUGUAUAAAGCCUGCUCAUAAUCUGAUGGCCUCGAUUCGAUUCUCCUCCUUCCAAUACCAUAUUAUCAUCAGAGUUUUGUUACAAACAUACUUCUUCCGCUCGACAUAUCCCUCAAUGUCUUGUCUUUUUUUAUCUAAAAAAAAUCGUGGCUUAACAACGAAAAGUGUUGCGCGCCAACAUUCCCAUAUCCAUAAAUGGUCUUACAAAUACGCACGCAACGGGUAUCCUCGCAAAAUAAUCGAAAUGCACAUCA